AACAGAUAUCUCAUCUUCAAUUUAUAAUCUUUUUGAGAAUGGUUAUACACCAGGAUUGGCAUAUCGUGAGUUUUAUAAAAAGACGAAAGAUAGGUGUAAAAAUGAAAUCGAAUUUCAUAAAUUAAUUUCUAAUCGAUCAUUUUUUCCACGAAGAACAGACUACAAUUUUUUGUAUACAGAAUAUCAUAGGUCAAAGUAUGGCACAAAAGAUAUGAAUUCUAUGUUUGAUGUUUAGUACGGUCUAGUUGAGAAAAAGGCUUUCGAAGAUACAGAUUCGAUUAUCAAAUUUCAGAAGUUUGAUGUUUCAGAAAAUAAUCCGUUCAUUCUUGUUAUAAUAACUUCUCUAAUGAAAAGAGUCCACGAGAGGAUAAGAAGUUCUGGUGAGAUGGUAUUUUUGGAUUCUAGUGGUGGGAUGGAAGAAUAUAACCUACGUGUAUUUCUUAUGGUUACACAUUCUUUUUCUGGUGCACUUCCUUUAGGAAUUAUUGUAACAAGUGACGAAACUACUGAUACAUUAACUAAAGCAUUAGAAAUGUUUGUUUCUUUAUUACCAGAUUAUGCUUUCCAUGGUAAAGGAGUAGUUGGUCCUGAUGUAAUAAUGACAGAUAAUUGUGACGAGUUAAAAGAUGCACUACAUGAUGUAUGGCCAAAGUCUAACUUAUUAUUAUGUGUGUUUCACUUGAUGCAACAAGUUUGGAGGUGGCUUUUUGAUAAGAAUCAUGGCAUUUUAAAUCAGGAUAGACCAAGUAUUAUUAACCAGUUUAAAAAAGUUGUUUAUGCUAAUUCAGUUAAAGAAUGUGAAGAUGCUUUCAGUAACAUUAUUGAUUUGUAUGGAGAGAAGUAUCCAAAAUUAAAAUUGUACCUGUCAAAUGUUUUUGAGAUAAAAGAACGAUGGUGCAUAUGCUUUCGAAAAAACAUUACAAUCAGGGGAGUUUUAAAAUUUUGUACUCGCUUGAAAAUGAAUGAAAACAGAAUUUCUAAUUUAACUUCAUCAUUGCAUUGUUUUGGUAUUGAUUCUUAUCAGUCUAAACGCAUAACCAAUACUACUCUUCGUAAAAAAAGAAAUGGAGUAAAAAUAAAAGUUCAACCUGAGGCAGUUUAA